AUGUGGCCCCUUCUUUCCAUGUUGACCGUCUUAUGUAUCCAGAUGUUGCUGGUGAUGUGCAAUCCAUUGCAGCAGGUACUUGGUGUGGAUGGGGUCAACUUCAGUGUGCAUGUGGAGAACCAGACGCAGGUGCGAGACACCAUGAGUCGGAGGCAUCACCGUGUCUACCAACUUUACAGCCGCACCAGUGGAAAGCACGUCCAGGUGCUGGGACGCAGGAUCAGCGCCAGAGGAGAGGAUGGAGACAAAUAUGCCCAGCUUGUAGUGGAGGCAGACACCUUCGGUAGCCAGGUGAGAAUCCGAGGCAAAGAAACAAAUUUCUACUUGUGCAUGAAUCGCCGUGGCAAACUGGUAGGAAAGAAGGCCAGUAACCGAAGUGCUGACUGCGUGUUUGUGGAAAUGGUGCUGGAAAAUCACUACACAGCUCUGAUGUCAGCACGCUAUGGAGGCUGGUACGUUGGCUUCACAAAGCGAGGGCGUCCUCGCCGUGGUCCACACACACUCCCCAACCAGCAGGAUGUGCACUUCAUGAAACGUUUCCCACCUGGGGAACAGCCUGACCUCACCACGCCAUUCCGCUUCACCACCGUCAGCAAGCGGGUCAAGAGGGUGCGUGCUACUGGGACCCGCUAG